AUGAAUAGACUUGUGAAAUCACUUUUUAAACCAACUUUGUUUCAAUUUCAAAAUGCAACUUUAAUUAGUCGUCAAAGUUUUGCAUUUGCUUCUACAACAAAUGAUGAUAAAACAAAGAAAUUAUUUGAAUUAAUUAAAGAUAUUCGUUAUGCUAUGAUUACAACAACUGAAUCAGAUCAUAGUCUUCGUGCACGUCCAAUGGCUAGUCGACAAGCUGAUGAUUGGGAUGGUACAUUAUGGUUUUUUACUAAAAAAUCUUCACCAAAAGUUAAAGAAGCAAAACAAAAUCAUGAUCAAGUCAAUGUCUCAUUUUCUGAUCCAAAUAAAAUGUCAUUUGUUUCAGUUAGUGGUAAAGCUGAACUUGUUGAAGAUAAAGAUAAAUUAAAAGAACUUUGGUCAUCUUAUUUAAAAGUGUUCUUUCCACAAGGAUUAAAUGAUCCCGAUUUAGCUUUAUUGAAAGUAACAGUUAAUUAUGGUGAAUAUUGGGAUUCACCAAGUAAUACAAUGGUACAAUUAUAUGCCAUGGCAAAAGCAGCCGUUACUAAAAAUCCAAAAGCACUUGGUGAAAAUAAAAAAGUUGAUAUUAAAAACUAA